UUGAGCCGAGUCGGCCUCGAGGCUCCGUCUGUCGUCUCUGCUUUCCCUUCCUGUGAACAUGAGACAGAAAUGCGAGGCGGGCGUGCGGCUCUGCUGUGAUUUGAACUCCGUGCUUCGGUUUCAGCCGCACGUCGCGGAUCUUGCAGCUUUUUACGGCUUCUGCGGUUUUGAGGCUGCAAACCGAUCGCCGGUCACGAGGUGUGUGUUUCUGCGGUUGUAGCAGCGACGGAGGGGAAGAUGAGGAAUCUCCUCCUCUGGCCUCCGUCCAGCCUCUCUGCAGCGGGGAGGGCUUUUUCCGAUCUCUAUGCCCGUUUUGUCUAUUUCUGUCCGCCGGGUAUUCAGCUCUACGGUGAAUACAGGGAGCAGCUGGGAAACUUCGCCCGACGGGAAGCCGCCCGUCUGCUGACCGAGAGACAAUGGAGGCGACGGGCCGGGGACGACGGCUCGGCUUCAGGACAGAGAGGCCGACGACAUCAGCAUCAUCACCCGGUUACCCUGGAGACACACAGCAGCCACGCCUCCUCCUGCAAGAAGCCCCGCCCCUAUUCCAAAUGCCAAGACUGUUUGGCUCGUGUGCGGCGCUACAUCAUCACCAAGAUGGGUGAGGACUGGAUCUUCCUGGUUCUUCUGGGCCUGACGAUGGCGCUGGUGAGCUGGACGAUGGACUACGCCAGCGCUAAGAGCCUCCAGGCCUAUAAAUGGAUCCACAGCGAGCUGAGGGGCAACGUUCCGCUUCAGUACCUGGCCUGGGUCACCUAUCCCAUGAUCCUCGUCAUGUUCGCCUCCCUGUUCUGUCACCUGGUUUCCCCUCAGGCCAUCGGUUCUGGUAUUCCUGAGCUGAAGACCAUCCUGAGAGGCGUUGUUCUAAAGGAGUAUCUGACCCUGAAGGCGUUUGUUGCUAAAGUCGUCGGUCUGACGGCCGGUCUGGGCAGCGGGAUGCCGGUUGGAAAAGAGGGUCCGUUCGUCCACAUCGCCAGCAUCUGUGCAGCGGUUCUGAGCCGCUUCAUGUCCAUCUUCUCUGGAGUCUACGAGAACCCGUAUGGGUACACAGAUAUUCUGACGGUGGGCUGUGCUGUGGGGGUGGGCUGCUGCUUCGGGACUCCACUAGGAGGCGUGUUGUUCAGUAUUGAGGUCACGUCCACCUACUUUGCGGUGAGGAAUUACUGGCGAGGAUACUUUGCUGCCACGUUCAGCGCCUUCAUAUUCAGGGUUCUGUCUGUUUGGAACAAGGAUGCCGUCACAAUCACAGCUCUGUUCAAAACCAACUUCCGCAUGGAUUUUCCCUUCGACCUGCAGGAGCUGCCGGCAUUCGCCAUAAUCGGGAUCUCCUGCGGCUUCCUGGGAGCGUUCUUCGUCUACCUGAACAGACAGGUGGUUCUGUUCAUGAGGAGGCCGACCGCUCUGACCCGCUUCCUCACCAAACACCGUCUCAUCUAUCCCGGUGCUGUGACUCUCAUCAUCUCCACCUUCACCUUCCCUCCUGGAUUCGGUCAGUUUAUGGCCGGAGAGCUGAUGCCCAGAGAGUGCAUCAACUCCCUCUUUGAUAACUUCACCUGGACCAAAAUCUCAGAUUCUCCUGCUCCUCCGGGUCUCGGUCGCUCCUCCAUCUGGCUGCAUCCUCAAGUCAGCGUCUUCAUCAUCCUCCUGCUCUUCUUCAUCAUGAAGUUCUGGAUGUCAGCCGUUUCCACGACGAUGCCCAUCCCCUCUGGAGCCUUCAUGCCGGUCUUCAUUCUAGGAGCUGCCUUUGGCCGUCUGGUGGGGGAGAUCAUGGCCACCCUGUUCCCCAACGGGAUCCUGUUUGAUGGGAUCGUCUACCGCAUCCUGCCGGGAGGCUACGCCGUGAUUGGAGCGGCGGCCCUGACGGGCGCCGUUACCCACACGGUUUCCACGGCCGUGAUCUGCUUCGAGCUCACCGGUCAGAUCUCCCACAUCCUGCUGAUGGUGGCCGUCAUCCUGGCCAACAUGGUGGCCCAGGGCCUGCAGCCGUCGCUCUACGACUCCAUCAUCCAGGUGAAGAAGCUGCCCUACCUGCCUGAGCUGGCCCUCGGGCACAUCAGCAAGUACAACAUCUUCGUAGAGGACAUCAUGGUGCGCAAAGUGAGGUUCUUGUCUUCUCAGUCCACCUACCGGGAACUGAACCACCUGCUGGAGAACACGACGCUGAAAACCAUCCCGCUGGUCGACUCCAAGGAGUCGAUGAUCCUUCUCGGGUCCAUCGAGAGGACGGAGCUUCAGGCCGUCCUGGACUGGUGGCUUUCAGCAGAGAGACGAGUGUUUGAGAGAGGUCAGAGUUCUCCCAGCUCCAAGGUCAGCUGGGAGUCCUUCAGCUUUGUGGACGAGGAGGGAGGAGACGACAAGACCGUGGCUCCGGUCCAGGAGGAAUGUAACGGACCGGUCCCGUCCCCCAAACCCCCAGAGGUGUCCACCAACCACACGGCUUCAGACAAGAGAAAGCUGCCGUCUGUCAGGAGAACCCUGCAGAGACUCUUCUCCUCCACGUCCUCCUCGGGUCAGACGGAACCUCAGGAGACCACACCUCCUCCGCUGACGGACUCCAUGUCUCCAGAGGAGAUCAAAGCCUGGGAGGAGGCGGAGCUGGACAAAGCGAUCGAUAUGGAGCAGAUACGUAUCGAUCCGUCGCCGUUCCAGCUGGUGGAGAGAACGUCUCUGCACAAGACCCACACUCUGUUCUCCCUCCUGGGCCUCAGUCACGCCUACGUCACCAGCAUCGGCAAGCUGGUGGGAGUCGUGGCUCUAAAGGAGCUCCAGAAGGCCAUUGAAGGCUCCACUCGUAGCGGGGUGAGGCUCCGUCCUCCCCUUGCCAGCUUCAGAGACGCCAGCAGAAAAACCAAGAAGCACCAGCCUCCCUCCUCCACCCCGUCCUCCCCCACCAGGGACAAAGACCUGUGGGGGGAGGGCGACCUGGUGAGGAAGGAGUCCAGGGAGGAUUCCAGGGGGAGGACGUCCACCUCCAGGGCGGCUCCAGGGGGAGACACCACCGCCCCGUCCUCCCCUAGCAGCGGCACCACCGACGGGGCCGAAGGCAGCACCGAGGAGGCCGCCUCCCCCUCCACAUCCUCCCCUGCCUCCCCCGGCAGCCCCGUCCUCACCCUGUCCUCCCUGCAGGAGGAGCGGGAGAGCGAGGAGUCCGAUGAGCCCGUUUAGGAGGACAGACUCUCAAACGCUCAUCAAACUCUUAGAACUGGAAGCUUUUCUACUCCACAGUCUGACUCUUUUCACUCUUUGAAUCUCAGGUGUCUCCUUCUGACGUUCACCCACAUCUGGACCUGCUGUAGCCGACCACAUCUGUAGCAGCUGUUCGUCCUCUCAGCGCCUCUGAGCGGCUGAUGGCGGAGGAUUAUAUGCUAACGGAGAACGACUUAUCGACGAAUCACACGAAGAUCACAGGUUUACUGAUUGAGAUUAAUUUUAGCUACAUUUGUCGCAUAUUUCCUGUACGGUAAAUAUUUAAAUCAUUAUUAUCAGUUUGUAAUUUUAAAAAAUAAUAAAUGGUAAAAUUGUC